CUUCUUUGUCUAAUCUCCUUCACUAGCUACCAUAUUACUAAACCGUGAUUCUCUCUAUUACCCCAUUUUUCUUUUCUUCUUUCUUCAAUAUUAUAUCCUUUUAAAUUAUUUUUUCUAUCCAUUUAACUCAACAAUUUACAAAUACAUCCCUUAUUUUCAUCAUCUCUUUUUUUUUUAUUAUUUUCCAUUUUUUUUUCUUACAAAAAUGAUAAUUUCAUGCUAUGAAAUUACCCAUUGGGUUUUUCUUUCCCUUAUAAAUAAUCUUUAAUUAAUAUUCUCAUGUCAUAAACUACAUAUAAUCAUCAUUGAUCAUCAUCAUCAUGCAUCUCAAUCAAUUCAUGAAGUUCUUAAAAUCAAUCCAAACUUAUAGAAGAAAGAAUAACAACCCAUCAUUAUUUCUUAUUUACACCCUAUUAUAAUAAUAAGUCUAAUAUAGACUGAUUGCACAAUAUCUUUAUAACAAGUCUUAUAUAGACUGAGUGCACAAUAUCUUUAUUAUACAUGAACUGUAUUAUUUUUCAAUCAUCUCUUUUUAGCUUAAAUACUUUCCUUACCUAAGGCCGUUUAGUGCACUAAGUCCAUACAAGAUUAACUUUAGAACUACAAAAUAUUUUUUUUAAAAAAAAAAAAAAGAAAAGAUGGAAAAUUCAUCAUCAUGUUUUCCAUCAUCAUAUGCAUGUAUAAGAAGGAGCAUGAAUGUAAGGAGUAGGAGGAGGAAAUCAAUGGCGAUUCGAUCGAUGGAGAAACCAGCAAGAAGAAACUGGGAAAUAGAAGGAGAAAGUACAGAAAGAAAAAGAUUUGAUAGCUUAGAAUCAUGGUCAAUGAUAUUAGAUUCAGAGAAUGUGGAAGGAUGGGAAACAAAUAAUGAAGAAAAAGAAGAAUGGACGGCAGAUCUAUCACAGUUAUUUAUAGGUAAUAAGUUUGCAUCAGGAGCUCAUAGUAGGAUUUAUAGAGGGAUUUAUAAACAAAGAGCUGUUGCUGUUAAAAUGGUUAGAAUUCCUACUCAUCAAGAAGAAGCUAGAGCUAAACUUGAACAACAGUUUACUUCUGAAGUUGCUUUACUUUCCCGCCUUUAUCAUCCUAAUAUAGUCCAGUUUAUAGCAGCCUGCAAGAAACCACCGGUAUACUGCAUAAUCACAGAAUACAUGUCUCAAGGAACGCUAAGGAUGUACCUAAACAAGAAGGAACCUUACUCCCUCUCAACCGAAACGAUACUUCGAUUAGCCCUCGACAUUUCGAGAGGAAUGGAGUAUCUACACUCACAAGGUGUAAUUCAUCGCGACCUAAAAUCUAAUAAUCUUUUGCUCAACGAUGAAAUGAGGGUGAAAGUAGCAGAUUUUGGUACAUCAUGUUUGGAGACACAAUGCCAAGAAACUAAAGGAAAUAUGGGAACCUAUCGAUGGAUGGCUCCUGAAAUGAUUAAAGAGAAGCCUUAUACUAGGAAGGUUGAUGUUUAUAGUUUUGGGAUUGUUCUUUGGGAGCUUACUACUGCUUUGCUACCCUUCCAGGGUAUGACUCCUGUCCAAGCUGCUUUUGCUGUUGCUGAGAAGAAUUCACGACCGCCCUUACCAGCUAGUUGCCAACCAGCAUUAGCACAUCUAAUAAAGAGAUGUUGGGCGGCAAACCCAAACAAAAGGCCAGAUUUCAGCUACAUUGUGUCAGCCUUAGAACAUUACGAUGAAUGUGUUAAGGAAGGCCUUCCUCUUCCUUCGCACCACCGUCUCGUACGACGUAAUGCUAGCGCUAUGCUUCAUCGCGUCAAAGCCUGCAUUGCUUUGGAUUCUUCUUCUAUACCUGUAAAUCUUUAAUAACCACUCUAUUAAAUAUUAUUAUCCACUUUUAAUUAAAGAAUUAAUUAAGUGUUACUUAUUAAUUAGUAACCAAAUUCGGGUUAUCUUUCAUUCUAAAUCUUGAUUAGUGAAUGUUAAUUAUUCAUAGUUUUUAUUUUUAUUCAAGUUUUUAAUGAGCACCCCUCUUCGCUUAAUUUUUUUUCGGAG